GACAGAUGAGAAACUGCUUCCAUCUGGUAUCGGGGGGUGAUUCUACUUAGCCGCCCCUCGGCAAGACACAUCUUGCUUACAUUGCUACUAAGGUCUCUGAGACUCAUUUCGUUUCACUGGAAAGCUGGAGAGGACUUGGGUUCCUAAAGCGGCUGCACCGGAUUGAUCGUUGGGGAUGCUACGGCUUUAUUCACACACUCUCCUUUCCUCUUGAUUCUCGCCUUAGGCGAGUAGUUCCACUGUCGUUUCAAUCCAUCCACGGUAUUCCCGUUAUCCAGCGGAAAGCGCAGAAGUGCUUGGACCAAAAGUGAUAACGCUAGGACUUGUCGCGUUGGAUGUUCAUAGCCUGUCAUAAAGAAGUGGUCAUAGGCUGGAGCUGCUAAUGGGACAAGCAGUAGACUGACAACAUUCAGUGUGGUUUUACUCCAAGACAGGGCCUACGUCGGGAGGACAAGAAGGAGAAAGAGAGGGAAGAAAAAGAAAGGGGGUUGUGAUGAGUAACUGCAUGAAACAAAACCAAAGGAUCCGGUGAGGUUUAGGGUCCAAGUCCCCAGGCUACAGAGUAAGCGGAGUGAAGCCACCAUCCAGAAAGGAUCUCAGAGGAAGCUUUUCCCCGGGAUUACCCUUGGAUCGUGCCUCUCUGGGAACACAGGCACACGAGCCGGAAGGCAGGGCAGCGCGGGUCGGGCAGGCAACGGGCAGCAGGAUGUGGGAGGGACUGGGACUGCAGGUGUUCCUUGUGAGCUUGGGCGCUGUGCUGUGCAGCGCUGCGGCGUCCUCGGCACCGCUGGAACGCGGCCAUCGACGCCACCUCUCCCUCCACAGGCACCGGGAGAGGGCAGGCAAGGAGGGGCAGGUCCUACACCGCUCCAAGAGAGGCUGGGUCUGGAACCAGUUCUUUGUCAUUGAGGAGUACACAGGGCCGGAUCCAGUGUUAGUGGGCAGGCUCCACUCAGAUGUUGAUGCUGGAGAUGGCAGUUGUAGGUACAUUCUCUCAGGCGAGGGUGCUGGCACCAUUUUCGUCAUUGAUGACAAGACAGGCAAUAUCCAUGCCACCAAGACCCUGGACAGGGAAGAGCAGGCUCAGUACACCCUCACUGCCCAGGCUGUGGACCGUGACACCAACAAGCCUCUGGAGCCUCCUUCUGAGUUCAUUGUCAAGGUCCAGGACAUCAACGAUAACCCGCCUGAGUUCCUACAUGGACCGUACUACGCCAGGGUGCCGGAGAUGUCCAACGUUGGCACAUCAGUGAUGCAGGUGACAGCCACAGAUGCGGACGACCCCACCUACGGGAACAGUGCCAGGCUGGUGUACAGCAUUCUUCAGGGCCAGCCCUACUUCUCUGUGGAAUCACAAACAGGGAUAAUCCGGACUGCUCUGCCCAACAUGGACAGGGAAGCGCGGCAGGAAUAUGACGUGGUCAUCCAGGCCAAGGACAUGGGGGGUCACAUGGGGGGGCUGUCAGGGACAACGGAAGUGAAAAUCACCCUGACGGACGUCAACGACAACCCACCAAAGUUUCCUCAGAGUGUAUACGCCAUGACGGUUUCGGAGGACAAGGUCCCUGGUGAGGAGGUGGGCCGCCUGAAGGCCAAAGAUCCAGACCUGGCGGAGAACGGGUUGGUGUCGUAUCGUUUCGUCGAUGGUGAUGGGAUGACUGUGUUUGAGAUUACCACUGACACCGACACCCGCGAAGGAGUUAUCAAACUCAGGAAGCCUGUGGACUAUGAGACUAAAAAGGCGUACACCCUGAGAGUGGAAGCGUCCAACACACACGUGGACCCUCGCUUCAUCGCCUGGGGCCCCUAUAAAGACACCGCCACGGUAAAGGUCACGGUGGAGGAUGCGGACGAGCCGCCUGCCUUCAUUGCAACCAGCUACAACUUUGAGGUGGAGGAAAAUGCCCCUAAUGGGACCGUGGUGGGUCGUGUACAUGCUAAAGACACUGAUGGAGCCGGCAACCCUGUCAGGUACAUGAUUCCCCGCUACACCGACGUGGAACAGUUCUUCAGUGUCGGCCCAGAGGAUGGCAUCAUCAGGACCACCAGACCACUGGACCGUGAGACACAACCCUGGCACAACAUCUCUGUCAGCGCCACUGAGAUUGGGGGACAUCACCAAGAUACCAAAGUACGUGUCAACAUCAAAGUCAAAGAUGUGAAUGACAACGCCCCUGAGUUUGCAACCCAUUAUGAGGUCCUCGUUUGUGAAAAUGUCUCCCCUGGCAAACUCAUAGGGACAGUGAGUGCAGUUGACAAGGAUGAGAUUGGCCACCGACAGUACUUUCACUUCAGCAUUGCCCCAGAGGCUGUCAACAACCAGAACUUCUCCCUCAAAGACAACAGAGACAGCACGGCCAGCAUCUAUGUGACGCGGAGGGGCUUCAGCCGUAUGACCCAGGACGUCUACUUCCUCCCCAUCGAGAUCAACGACAACGGCGUCCCCCCCAUGAGCAGCACCAGCACGCUGACCAUCCGGGUGUGUAGCUGCGACAGUAAGGACACCAUCCUGUCCUGCAACGUGGAGCCGUACAUCCUGCCGGCAGGCCUGAGCACCGGAGCCCUGAUCGCCAUCCUGGCAUGCAUCGUCAUUCUCUUAGCCAUUGUGGUGCUGUUCGUGGCCUUGCGCCGCCAGAAGAAGGAGCCGCUCAUUGUCUUCGAGGAGGAGGACAUCCGUGAGAACAUCAUCACCUACGACGACGAAGGCGGCGGAGAAGAGGACACGGAGGCCUUCGACAUCGCUACGCUACAGAACCCCGACGGCGCCAACGGCUUCCUGCCGCGUAAGGACAUCAAGCCGGAGUUCCAGUACCCCAUGAGGCCCGGCGGGCGACCCGUGGCCAACAGUGUGGAUGUGGACGAUUUCAUCAAGACCCGCAUCACAGACGCCGACAACGACCCCACGGCCCCUCCAUAUGACUCCAUCCAGAUCUACGGCUACGAGGGCCGGGGCUCCAUUGCCGGAUCCCUCAGCUCCCUGGAGUCGGUGACCACAGAUUCCGAUCUGGACUACGACUACCUCCAAAGCUGGGGCCCGCGCUUCAAGAAGCUGGCCGACCUUUACGGCACGAAAGACUCUGCCGAUGACAACUCUUAACAUUCACUAAUUUCCCCGAGCACCUCUUCAGCUCCUUGUGCCCUCUGACCUUCCACUGACUUUGCGUGGUAUUUGAGGUUUACUAUAAGUUUACCACAAGUAUUUCUAGUUAUAGUAAACUUUGUUGUUUGUACGGUUAAAGUAUACUUGCGGUAUACCAGAAAUCUGUUGAGGAUGUUGGGUAAGGAAGGAGAGAGGGUAUUGAGGAGGGGGAGCCAGAAGAGAGAGAGAGAGA